CUCGUUUGUAGCAGAAAUUCCCCUAACCUGCAUAACAACGUCGAUAUUACAAAACACACACAGUAGAAGAAGAGGUGUUAUCAUCUUAAUUAAGGGUUGUAGUAUCGUGUUUAGCCAUGGAAAUUUCAAUUCUAAUGGGUUCCAGGAUACGAGAUUUGGCAAUUGAAAACUGUGAUUCAUUAGGAAAAAAAGGUUUUCUUCUCUGUGGCUGCUGUAACUGGCUGCAUCUCUGUCAUUUUCAACAUGACUUCAAUUGACCCUGUUUUGGAUUCUUCUGGUGGUAUAACUGCAAGAAGGGUAUUUAAGUUUGGGCCAACGUAUGUUUUGGAACCUAAAGGCAAACACCAGGCAACCAUUGUUUGGUUGCAUGGCCUUGGUGAUGAUGGUUUAAGGUUUAUUCAAUUGCUAAUUCAAGAUUAUUAGUAAAUGGUAAGAUCCAUGUUCUGUUUUACAUCUUUUUUUCCCUGCAGUUGGUCCCAAAUCUUGGAGACCCUUCCUCUUCCAAAUAUCAAAUGGAUAUGCCCUACUUCUCCUGUUCAAACCAUUAACUUUAUUUGGUGGACUUUCUACAACUGCAUGCUGGAAAGUAAGAGUGUAUGCAAUUGCAAAGGGUUUGAUGUCACUGACAUCUCUGAAGAUGCAAUUCAAGAUGUAGAGGGAAUGGAUGCUUCAGCAGCACAUGUUUUGAGCUUGCUGUCCAAUGAGCCUCCAAACAUCAAACUUGGUGUAGGAGGGUUUAGCAUGGGUGCAGCAACUGCAAUAUAUUCUGCAAGGUGCUUUGCCCGUGGAAAAUUAGGAAAUGGCACCCGUUACUCCGCCCAUCUGGCGGCAGUUGUCGGCCUUAGCGGUUGGCUUCCAUGUGCAAACCAUCCAAGUAACGAGGUUGAAGGCCCAGCUGCAUCCGUGCCCAUUUUGCUCUGUCAUGGCAGAGGUGAUGAAGUGGUUUGGUUUCGCUAUGGUGAGAAGUCUGCAGAGAAACUAACUUCAGCUGGAUUUGAAAACUUGACUUUUAAGUCAUUCCACUCGCUGGGUCAUUAUAUAAUCCCAGAAGAGAUGGAUGAAGUCUCCUCAUGGCUAACUUCACAACUAGAGCUUGAGGGACACUCCUAGUUUGGCCCACAAGUAAUGGAAGGCUGCAUCAACCUAUCUUCCGUUGGUGUAAUUAAAUUAUGUAUAUAUGUUUGGUUAGUGUUGUAACAGUGAAACUAAAAUUGUGUGUUAUAUUUCCCAAUAUAUGCACAUUGCCAACAACCCAAGUAAUAUUCACAUA